CUAAGUCAAGUUCAGUCAGCCCAUUUCUGAGAACACGGGAAAUGAAACUUAACUCCUCUCAUGUCUCUUUCCUGCACUAGAAGCCAUGGCUGCUGCAAAUCCAGCAAAAACUCUCCAGGAUGAACUGACCUGUCCCAUCUGUCUGGAGUAUUUUCAAGAUCCAGUAUCUCUAGACUGUGAUCACAAUUUCUGCAGAGCCUGCAUCACCCAGUGCUGGGAGAGCUUGGAUACAGAGGUCUCCUGCCCUCAGUGCAGAGAGGCCUUUCCCCAGAGGAACCUCAGACUUAACAAGAAGCUCAGGAAUGUUGCAGAAGCAGUCAGAGAAUUGAGGUUGCAGUCAGUGAAGGAACCAGAAGCAGAGACAUUGUGUGAGAAACACAAGGAGCCUCUGAAACUGUUCUGCAAAAAGGAUAAAAUCCUCAUCUGUGUUGUGUGUGACAAAUCCAAGGAGCACAGAGAUCACUCUGUGAUUCCUGCAGAGGAGGUUGCUGCUGAAGAAUUCAAGGAAAAGAUCCAGGCCCAUUUGCAGACUCUGAGGGAGGAGAGAGAAAAGUUUCUGGGCUUUAAAGUGACUGGAGAGAAGAGGAGGCAGGAGUAUCUGAAACAGACCCAGGCCGAGAGGCAGAAGAUUGCAUGUCAAUUUCAGCAACUGCGGCAGUUCCUGGAGGAACAAGAGCGACUCCUGCUGGCCCAGCUGGACCAGUUGGACAAGGAGAUUGUGAACAUACAGAAUGACUAUUUCACUAAACUUUCUACGAAGAUUUCCCAUCUCAGUGAGCUGAUCAGUGAGAUGGAGGGGAAGGGUCAGGAGUCAGCGAGUGAAUUCCUGCAGAAUGUCAAUUUUUUUCUUUCCAGGUGUGAGAAGGGGAAGCUCCAGAAGUCAGUGGAGAUUUCUCCUGAACUGGAAAAGGGGCUCAGCUAUUUCUCCCAGAAAUAUAUUGCUCUUAGGGAGACUCUGAGGAUGUUCAAAGCCACUCUGCCAUCUGAACUGGAGACAAAAAGAGAGAAAUCCCUAGGAUCCCGCAGACUGGCAAAUGUGACUCUGGAUCCAGACACAGCUCAUCCCCGACUGAUGGUGUCUGAGGAUCGGAAAAGUGUGAGCUAUAGUUACACCCGGCAGGAUCUGCCCAACAAUCCUGAGAGAUUUGAUACUAGAGUCUGUGUGCUGGGCUGCGAGGGAUUCACCUCGGGGAGACAUUGCUGGGAGGUGGAGGUGAAGGAUGAGGGAACCUGGGCUGUGGGGGUGGCCAGAGAGUCUGUGUGGAGGAAGGGAGGGAGAACCCGUAACCCUGAGGACAGGAUCUGGGCUGUGGAUUGGUAUAUGAAUACGUUCUGCGCUGUCUCCUCCUCUGAGACGCCUCUGUCCCUGAGUCGUGAUCUCAGGUUUAUCCGGGUUUCUGUGGACUAUGAACAGGGGCAAGUGAUAUUUGCCAAUGCUGAUAAUGAUGACCCAAUCUUCACUUUCUCAACAACCUCUUUCGAUGGGGAGAGAAUCUAUCCCUGGUUCCGGGUGGGGCAGAGAUCCCAGUUCAGCCUGUGUCACUGAGACAUGGUGGGAGCAUACUGCACUGGGGAUCCUGAAAUCAGCCUCUCCAGCAUCAGACACACCAGUCUCUAGUACUCUUGUAUUCCUGCAGACUUUCUAUCAUGUCGUCUCCAUGACCCCAGUAGUUCCAUGGGGUCUGGACUGUCAAACCAUAGAGAGCAGGGAGUGAUUGAGAUGGAGAAGCCAAUCUCAUUGCCCCAGGAUUGUGCAGCCUGUUUGUCACUGUCCUCUAUGGUCAAGAGGACUGUGGGGAUCCUGGGUCAGACAUGGGGGAAAUAGC